AUGCAGCAUCAGUCGUCUCAGAGCAAUGGAGCUGCAAGAAGCCUCAACAUUGGCUCUUCUGGACCCAGUGGGGACGGAGAUGUAGCUGCCGAUGAAGACGUCUCUGGGCCUGCUGAAAUAGAUGAAGUUAACGGGACUAGUAAUGCAGGUUCAGUCUCAGUUUCCGCACCAACGACACCCACAACGGCUGGAGCCGCG